AUGCUUUCCAUGCGGCCGCCGAUCGUCGCCGCUGUGCUGUUCUGCUGCCUGGCGGUCGCGGCGGCAUCCGCGGACCGGUCGAAGGACGAGGAGCACCUCCGCGUGGCCAAGGAGUCCCCACGCCAGGCCUUCUCCGCGUGGGUGGAGAAGCACGGCAAGGGCUACAAGGAAGGCACCGAGGAGUUUGAGACGCGGUUCAAGACCUGGUUGUACAACCUGGAGUACAUCAUGGACUACAACGACCAGCACAGCUCGCACUGGCUCUCCCUCAACAGGCUGGCCGACAUGCACCCCGAGGAGUACAAGGCGCUGCGAGGCACGCGGCUGUCCAGGAAUAGGGCGAGGCCCUCGGAAGUCGACGGUCCCGACGACGACUUGGAAAUAUCCCCAAAUUCGCCCGCUUUCGUUGACUGGAGGGAAUAUGGUGUCGUCACGGAAGUGAAGGAUCAGGGGGGCUGCGGCAGCUGCUGGGCGUUCUCAGCGGUGGGCGCCGUUGAGAGCAUCAACGCCAUCAACACGGGAAUGCUUUUUUCCCUCAGCGAGCAGGAGUUGGUGGACUGCGUGACCCAGGACUACGGCUGCGGCGGCGGCACAAUGGACGACGCGUUUAACUUCACCGUGCAGCACGGCCUGACACUGGAGAGCGACUACAAAUACAAGGGGUGGGAUGAGGGGUGCAAGAGGCGGAAGGAGAAAUUGUACUACGGCACCAUCGAUGGGUACAAGGACGUGCAGCAAACGGAGCACGCACUGAAGAGGGCGGUGGCGGGGCAGCCCGUCAGCGUGGCGAUAGACGCCUCCAGCAUGGCGUUUCAGUUCUACGCCGGCGGAAUUUACGACGAGCCGUGCGGCACCGAGCUUGACCACGGCGUUCUGGUCGUCGGCUACCAGAGCAACACCCGGCACAAGGAGGGCUACUGGAUCAUCAAGAACUCCUGGGGAGCGGACUGGGGCGACGAGGGGUACAUCAAGUUCAGGAUGGGCAUGGACGGCGGCAUGGGAGAGUGCGGCAUCGCCCUCAUGGCCUCCUACCCGAUCAAGAACUAUGAGGAGCAGGACGAAGCGGACGCCUGGCACAGCGCGGUGGAGGCCGCUAUCGCAACCACCUGA